AGUAAGGUUAGUAGCUCCAUUGCUUUUUUUCCCCCAACAAUGUGUUCAGGGAUUUUGCAAGAAGUACUGUACACGGCUUCUAGACAGACCGAAUCUGCAACACGCGUUGAGCAUUGCUGUAGAACUACAUCUCCCAUAAUGCCGCGUUUUGUAUGCCCCACGACUGAGGUCCCGAGACCUGAGGGGUCAACCCUUCCUCCGAAUGUGUGUCAGCUCAGCUGGCUGUGUCCAGCCGGCGGUCUGUGAUGCAGGAGCUUUGGACUGAAUGAAUUAUGCAUUGUGUUAAUACACGUUCGCUAUGGAGUAAGAGGACUGGCCCUAUAUUUAAAGUGCAUAAACAAACUCCAUUAAAAAAAAUACGGGAAACAGCAAGUUAAAGAUUUAUGAAGCACGGGAUUCUGUAAGAUGUAACUGGAAGUUUGACUUCGUCACCUGUAAAGAACAGCGACCCUCUCAUUAAAACCACAGGCACUUGAAAGGUUGCCAACAGGGCGGCGCUAUGGCCUGCAGGAACGUUCUGGUAACGGGCUGCUCCUCUGGGAUCGGCCUGGCUGUGGCCGUCCGCCUGGCCAAGGAUGAGCUGAAACGAUUCAGGGUUGUCGCCACCAUGCGUGAUCUGGACAGGAGGGGUGGUCUGGAGCAGGCGGCGGGGAACGCGCUGAACAGCACGCUGGAGAUCAAGGAGAUGGACGUCCGCAGCGAGGAGUCCAUCAAGGAGUGUGUCAACAGCAUCCCCCAGAGACAGGUCGACGUUCUGGUGAACAAUGCCGGGGUGGGCAUGAUCGGACCCCUGGAAUGCCAGAGCAUCGGAUCCAUGCAGAGCCUCUUCGAUACAAACUUCUUCGGUCUGGCGCGAGUGGUGAAGGAGGUUCUGCCUGACAUGAAGAGGCGCCAGUCAGGGCACAUCGUGGUGAUGAGCAGCGUCAUGGGCAUCCAAGGUCUUCUGUUCAACGAUGUUUAUUCUGCCUCGAAAUUCGCUGUGGAGGGGUUUUGUGAGAGCUUGGCAGUGCAAGCGAUGAAGUUCAAUGUAAAAAUGAGUCUCAUUGAGCCGGGACCGGUGAUCACGGAAUUCGAGAAUAAGAUUUAUGAAGACGCCGCCAACAUGGAUCUCUCGGACACGGAUGAGGAAACGGCUAAAAUAUUUAAGCAGAUUUACCUCCCAUACUCCAAGGCCAUUUUCACUGCCCUCGGACAAACCCCACAAGACAUUGCAGAGCACACCCUAAAGGUGAUCACCUCCGACAGCCCUCCCUUCCGUCACCAGACUAACAAGCUGUACACCCCGCUGACCGCCCUGAAGCAGGCUGACCCCAGCGGCAGACUGCCCCUCGAUGCCUUCUACAAGAUCACCUUCCAGCACAACCGCGUCCUCAACGCCAGCCUGGCGCUGCUCCGGCUGCUGCACAGACGCAGUCGCAAGGAACCCAAGCCGGAGAAGCCCGCUUGAUUGGGAAAAAAAAAAAAAAAAUCGCCACUUCUUGUAGCCUUAGGAGUUUUAGCCGUGAGUCUCGACUCCGAUCCAGACCAGAGCUGGCCCUGGGAGUCCUAGUGUUGUCUCCCAAGAGGUAGAUCCUCAGUCACUGUGUCCUAGGCAGCUUGGAUGUGGUUGAUCUGAACUAUUUUAGUGUGUGGAGGUAUGGUCAGGGAUGGGAAUAAGACUCCUAUUGUGUAGCAGUUUCAUCCAUUCCAGGUUUUACUAUGACCUUGAUUAGCCACAGUGUGUAUAGGUAACAAGCUCAGGUGGUGUGUCUUAUUAAACGCCAAGUAAAACUGCUGUGCAAUGGGAGUCUUAUUUCCAUCUCUGUCGUUUGGGUCAGAGUUCAAUGAACAUCUUUUUAGAUAUUUGAUUUUAAGUGUUUUUUUUAUGCUGCUUAGACAAGUUUAUUUCUUUUCUUCAAAGCCAGUAUUUUUUCCAAAUUGGAUAAAGUUUAGUAUUUUAAGAAAAAUUCCACACUUUUUUAGCGAGUUUUGGAGCUUCGUUUAUUUCAAGCUGUAUUUUGUAAAUAUUACAGAUCUGAAAUGCACUGUCGUUUAACAGAUGAGAAACCUAGGGCCACAUUUGUAAAUCAUUAGUGGACCAUUAACCAUUGUACUAAUAAAUACAUCAGGAUCUUAUCAUGACUUUUUCAGUUUGUUAUUGCUUUGACUAUAGCCUUUGUAUUUUAUUUAACAGGCAAGUAUCGUACCUACACAUGCGUCUGAUCAGUCACCAAAGAAAAACAAUGUACAAUCUAUCGAACAAGCAUUUUGGUUGAUGCUUUUAUUAUUUCAACACUUUUACACUGAUAAAUGCACUGUUCUUUGGAGCAUUUUUCAAAAUUUAAAUCCACAAGUUAUACAACAGUAA